UGCAGGAGGUCAGACUACAUGAUCAUAAUAGUCCCUUCUGACUUUAAAGUCUAUGAGUCCAUGAGACCUAAUUGUAGUGCACUGCAGUCUGGCUAUUCUUAGCUAGCAGAUGGCUCCCUUGGAGGCAACUGUAGCUAGAACAUAGUUCUAGCACAGGAAUGAAAGAAGAGAGACUCUGCGCUAAAGAAAGAAGAGAGCUUCUGUGAUUUUUACAAUCUAAACUGGAUUGAAAAUACAACAAAAACAAUAGCACAUCUGCGUGGCGAGAGCAAUAAGGACUGGGAUGGAUUGCUCUUCCUGUGGGAAUGUAUGAAUGUAUUGAUCUGCAUGGAAAACAGAUCAAUAGAAGCUGUUUUGUUUUGCAUAUUUCUUGUAAGUCCCACUUUAUAAAUACUUAACUCUUUAUUAAUUUCAGUUUCUUUCUUUGGGGGUGUGAUGGAGUCUGCUUACAUUGCACUAGCCCAGACAGGGUUAAGCCCAUAUUAUUGACAGUGGAAGUCCCACCUCCCCGGCGGGACUGGGCAUGCUCCAAAUGCUCUAGCAGUAUAAAGGGAAGCCAGUAUAAAGGGCCAGCCACAGCACCUGACUACACCAGGAAUCAGAGCCUCCCCAGGUCUGCUUGAACUCUGGUGACUGGAGGAGCCACAGGAGGUGACAGGCCCAGCUGACCGCAGAGAAUCCGAAAUCUCAUGGGAGACCCCAGUGCAGACCCUGGCAAGAAAUUCUGAAGUGGAAUGGAUGGGGAUACAAUGACUCCAAAUUUAUAUUUAAUAAGAAGGGACAAGCAGAAUUCACAGGAAAAAGGUACAGGUUGAGUGGUAUGGUGUUACCUGUUUUGAAGGAAUGGAUGGAAAAAACCUUAGGAGCAAGUCUGGAGCACAAAAUUACCUCUAGAGCUUUCUUAAAUACUAGUGAUGUACCCCCAUCAACUGUAAAUGAAGAAUUUCUUCAGGAUCUUAGAGCCACUACAAUUUCAUAUUCACGGGAAGCAGAAGAUAGGGUGUUCAGAGCUCAUGGUCACUGCCUACACGAGAUAUUUGUGCUAAGGGAAGGAAUGUUUAAACGAAUUCCUGAUAUAGUUGUAUGGCCAGGUUGCCAUGAUGACGUAGUUAAAAUUGUGGAACUGGCCUGCAAACAUAAUCUUUGCAUAAUACCAUUUGGUGGAGGAACAAGUGUUUCUAGUGCUCUUGAAUGUCCUGCAGAUGAGAGAAGAACUAUUGUUUCAUUGGAUACGUCACAAAUGAAUCGAAUUCUCUGGAUAGAUGAGAAGAACUUAACUGCUCAUAUAGAGGCUGGCAUUAUUGGACAAGAUUUGGAAAGACAGCUUGGUGAGAGUGGUUACUGUACAGGCCAUGAACCAGAUUCUAUGGAAUUUAGCUCCCUUGGAGGAUGGGUGGCCACACGCGCAUCAGGGAUGAAAAAGAACAUCUACGGAAACAUUGAAGAUCUGGUGGUUCAUAUAAAAAUGGUAACCCCAAGAGGAAUAAUAGAAAAAAGCUGUCAAGUACCUCGCAUGUCAACAGGACCUGACAUCCAUCAUUUCAUUAUGGGAUCUGAAGGGACCCUUGGAGUGGUUACAGAAGUUACAAUAAAAAUCCGACCAAUCCCUGAAUACCAGAAGUAUGGCUCUGUAGUAUUUCCUAACUUUGAACGAGGAGUGGCCUGUUUAAGAGAAAUAGCAAAGCAGAGGUGUGCUCCUGCAUCAAUUCGCCUUGUGGACAAUGCACAAUUUCAGUUUGGGCAUGCUCUUAAACCACAGGUUGCUUCAAUUUUUACAUCAUUUUUGGAUGGGCUGAAAAAAUUCUACAUCACAAAGUUUAAAGGAUUUGAUCCCAACGAACUGUGUGUAGCUACAUUACUCUUUGAGGGUGACAGAGAGAAGGUUCUUCAGCAUGAAAAGCAAGUUUAUGAUAUUGCUGCCAAAUUUGGGAAAAAACAACCAGGAAUUGAGUCCCAUUCACAUCUAAGGAAGCAAAAUGGUCUGGCAGCUGGAGAAGAUAAUGGACAGAGAGGUUACAUGCUGACAUUUGUCAUCGCUUAUCUUCGGGACCUGGGCCUGGAUUACUAUGUAAUAGGAGAAUCGUUUGAGACUUCUGUUCCCUGGGAUAGGGUUAUAGACCUCUGCAGGAAUGUAAAGGAAAGAAUAGUGAGAGAAUGCAAAGAAAAAGGUGUCCAGUUUGCUCCGUUUUCCACCUGCAGGGUGACACAGACUUACGACGCAGGUGCAUGUGUCUAUUUCUAUUUUGCCUUUAACUACAGGGGAAUUAGUGACCCUAUACAUGUCUAUGAACAAAUUGAGACAGCUGCUAGAGAGGAAAUCCUUGCCAAUGGAGGAAGUCUGUCACAUCACCAUGGAGUGGGCAAGUUGCGAAAGCAGUGGAUGAAGGAGAGUAUCUCUGACGUUGGCUUGGGGAUGCUUAAGUCUGUCAAAGAAUAUGUGGACCCCAAUAACAUCUUUGGAAACAGGAACCUUUUAUAAAACCCUUACUAUCUGAAAAUUUCAAAAUUACGAUUUUUAGCCUCAUUGUACUGUUAUCCCAGUAAUCAAAUAUAACAUGGACUGAACUUCAAAAGCUAAUAUCUUUCUUAUAUUGGUUUUCCUCCAAUAAAAUGUAAACAUUCACUAUUAACAUUCACAGAUUUACUGACUCUACUCCUAAACCUCUCUUAAAACACAACCUGGCAGAGGCACAUCAAGGUAUAUACCAGCUUGCAAAUGCAGAUAUAGCAUUCCAAGUUUGGUUAGGCAGUACUGCCAACGAUUGUUGUUUCCAUGCUGGAUGAAGCCAGCUGUUCUUUAUUAAAGCAUCCCCUGCAAGAAGAACAAAGACUGACGUUGGUGUUGUCUACAUAAACAGCUGCUCACUCAGCCUCUUGCUAGAGGAAAGUUGCUGGGAAGCACAUGAGAGGUGGAUUACACUAAGGGAAUACUUCUGUGUGCUGAAGGGUUAAGCAAGUAGCAGUAUAAAUGUAGGCUUUCUGUUUAAAAGAUGCAACAUAGUUCUGUAGGAAGUUUGGCUUGUCAGUCUCCCUUUCAGCAUUGAAAAAUUUAAAAUCUUUGAGAAGAAUACUUAACUACAGUGUAGCCUGAGUUGUAUUUGCAUUGCUGGGAUAAUCUUCUUUAAUAUGCUAGUCAGUCAGUCAUAAGUUUUGUACAGAACAGCAGACAUUUCUCAUUGUAUAUUAACAGGUUUGUUACAUAAAAUUAUUGCCUUCAUGAACACUGCA